CUGGCCGCCGGUGAGCGGGCUAUAAAAGCGACGCCUUCCUCCCGCCGCGCACUCUGUGACUUCUGUGUCUCUGUUUUGGACUAGCGUGCCGCACACUUUAUAACCAUGCCAGACCUAUACUACGUACCUGGCUCGGCCCCCUGCAGGGCGGUGCUCCUGGCGGCCAAGGCCCUCAAUGUCAACCUCAACCUCAAGCUGGUGGACCUCCAUCACGGAGAACAGCUCAAACCUGAAUACCUUAAGCUGAACCCCCAGCACACAGUCCCCACGCUGGUGGACGACGGGCUCUCGCUGUGGGAGUCCCGCGCCAUCAUCGCGUACCUGGCCAACAAGUACGGCAAGGGAAGCACCCUGUACCCUGAGGAACCCCGCGCGCGAGCCCUGGUCGACCAGCGCCUGUACUUCGACAUCGGAACACUGUACCAGAGAUUCGCUGAUUACUUCUACCCACAGAUAUUCGGAGGCGCACCAGCCGACCAGGGCAAGCUACAGAAGAUCGAGGAGGCCCUUAAAUUCUUGGACACUUUCCUCGAAGGCCAGAAGUACGUGGCCGGCCCCAACCUGACUAUCGCAGAUCUGAGCCUCAUCGCUUCCGUGUCAAGCUUCGAGGCCACCGACAUCGACUUUAAGAAAUACUCUAACGUUAAGAGAUGGUACGAGACUGUCAAAUCCACAGCCCCCGGGUACCAGGAGGCCAACGAGAAGGGCCUGGAGGCCUUCAAGGCCCUCGUCAACAGCAUGAAGAAGUAAUCCACGAUUAGUUCCUGAUUCGCCAGAUCCUUUGCCUGAUCCCUAUUUCGCCGAAUUUUGUCAUUAAGUCACAUUCCGAUUAUUCCGGCUAGCGGCUAAAGGAAAAUCCGACGAAACAAGUUCGGGCGGAGCAAGAAUCUAGCGAAUUGGAAACCCUCCGGCAUUCACUCACCGUUGUUUGCAAUCACACGUUCUGAGAACUAAUUUAUAUGUUUAAGAUAAUUUAAGACACAAAUAAAUUAUAAAGAACA